AUGUAUGUAUCUGAUGCUGGAUUCUUGUAUACAUCAGGCAAACCAGCUGCAGCUGCGGCACCACCCAAAACACCAGCAGGUCCAGCGCCAGCACCAGUUUCCUCCAACUCUGGGAUGGUGUCAUCGCUGUCAGACUCCGUGCCAGAUCCUGGAGCAGAACCAGGCCCAGCAGCAGAACCUCCUGCUGCUUCUGCAGUCAGCGAGGUGGAGGCCUUGUCCAGCUCC